AGAAAGAUUGAUCAGUACCAUCGAAACAUUUUCAUCUCCCUUCCUGGUCCUGGGGCUCCCUCAGUCUUCUUCCUCGACCUGCCACGCGGAGAGACUGACAGAGGACGACUCAGACGAACCCCAUGUCAGAUAUCAUCAACACCCUCUCCGCAACUUUAUACCACCACUAGUCUUCUUCUUCUUCCUCUACUUCAUCGACCCUCUCUUUCUCUCUCUAUUGUCUAUCCCAAGCUCUUUCUCCCAAUCAGGUAUAAAGGUGCUCUUAAAAGAAUGGCAAGCAAGGGUGUUGAUCUGAUUCCUGACUGUGAUGCAGUUGAAGCAUCUGAAGCUGAUAUCGAGAUUAAAAUUAAAACCUUGGAUUCACAAACUUACACUUUAAAAGUUGAUAAACAGAUGCCAGUUCCUGCUUUAAAAGAGCAGAUUGCUUCUGUCACUGGAGUGUUAUCAGAGCAACAAAGACUCAUAUGUCGCGGGAAAGUCCUAAAGGAUGACCAACUUCUCUCUGCUUACCAUGUUGAAGAUGGUCACACCUUACAUUUGGUUGUAAGACAACCUUAUUCAACACCACCUGAGGGUUUAUCAAAUCAUCCAGCAACUGAUCCUGCUUCAAGCUCAAGUCGUAGUCACAGUACUCACAUAGCACCCGGUGUAGUAAUUGAAACUUUUAGUUUGCCUGUUCAAGGGGAUGGAGCUCCACCAGAAAUAAGUCGGAUUCUGUCUGCUGUUCUUGGGUCAAUCGGUAUUUCAAGUGUUGGAAGUGGCAGUGAAGGAAUGGACAACAGGGAACAUGGCCCUCAAAGAUCUGAAAGAACUUCAGGUGCUAGUAGUUUAUUAGAUUCUCUCCACCUUCAAUCUGAUCAAAGUGGUGCAAGGAUUCCAUCUGAUAGAUCACAUGGUAUUGGUACCUUUGGACAUUCAUCUGCAUUUUCUUUGGGGUCUCAACUGCCGCCUCAUGUAAUUCCUGAUUCCUUGACAACUUUAACCCAAUAUCUAAGCAAUAUGAGACGAGAAUUUGAUGCCAUUGGAAGAGAUGGGGGAAAUAGUCGUCAAGCAAGUGCAUCCAAUGCGUCUGAAGACACGAGUUCCCAAUCUGCAACAGGGACAAGACAAGGACUUCCCACACCUGCAUCCCUAGCAGAAGUCAUGCUUUCUGCGAGACAAUUGCUUACUGAACAGGCCUCAGAAAGCCUACUUCAACUUGUGAGACAAUUGGAGAAUCAAGUGAAUGUUACAGAUCCGUCCUUAAGGUUGAACACUCAGACUAGUACAAUGAGAACUGGAGCGCUGUUUCAUAGUCUCGGUGCAUUUUUACUUGAACUUGGUCGCACAAUGAUGACAUUGCGGUUGGGUCAAACUCCGUCUGAGGCUGUGGUGAAUGCUGGACCUGCAGUCUUUAUAUCUCCGACUGGUCCUAAUCCUAUCAUGGUUCAGCCCCUUCCUUUCCAAGUUGGUACAAGUUUUGGUGCCAUCCCUAUGGGAGCUGUGCACCCUGGCUCUGGUCUUGUUAAUGGUCUUGGAAAUGGGCUCCUCCCUAGGCGUAUUGAUAUACAAAUACGAAGAGGCUCGUCGACAUCCGCAGCCAAUGUUAAUCGUCAGGAACAGGGCAAUGGCCAGCAACCUUCUGGGCAACAAAAUCCAGCAACAAGUUCUGGUGGAGAAAAUCCUGUAAAUCAAGGAACUUCAAGGGUCUCAGAUACUCCUGGUUUUGCAGGAGAGUCAGCUGUACGGGUGGUACCACUCAGGACCAUGGUGGCAGCAGUACCUGGUCCUUUUGGUCGCCUACCAUCAGACCCGUCAGGUAAUUCGAUGGGUUUAUACUAUCCUGUUCUUGGAAGAUUUCAACAUGUUGCAUCUGGGCAUGUGACUGGUGAGCGAGGAACACAAGCAUCUGGUGAGCAUCAUGCAGCUCAUGCUACUGGCUUGCAUCCUGAGCAGCAGUCUACAGAAUCUGCAGCACAGCAGCGUGCAGGAGAUUCUGCAAGAGAUGGACCCGUACCAACUCCCAACGCAAGACAGCAGGAGUCAUUGAAUGCACGCAGUGUUAGCAUCAACAUUCUGUCUGCUGGUGGAAUGCAAAAUAAUGCUGAUUCUGAUAGACAAAUCCCCAGCAAUGUUAUGCAAUUUAUUAGAAACCUCUUUCCUGGAGGUGAAAUCCACGUAGAAGACGGGAGUUCAGAGGGAGCAGCUGCUGGUUCUUACCCAGAUCAGGCAAGAACAUCUAGUGGUACUCAGAAUGAACCUGAACCAGAAGCAGAACCGAGGCCUAGUGAAGAAGGAAUAUUUUUUUCCAACCUUCUUCGUCAAAUCAUGCCUGUAAUAUCUAGACAAGCUGGUUCAGAAUCAGACACUGUCCAUCCAGAACAGGCUAGUGCUUCUGAGCUAGUAACUGCUCAAUAUUCUUCCACCCAGGCUGAGGCUUCUAAUGCUGGGACAUCACAUCAGGCUGAGAACUCUACCGUGGGGGCAUCACGUCGACAUGAUGACUGUGAAUCAAGCUCUCCAAAUUCAAAACGACAAAAGAUGGAGUAGCGAUUCAUUAUCGGAGGGUCUAAUAAAAUCUUCCGGUGGAGUCUGGUCAAUCAAAUGCAUGUUUCGGAAAGACUCCUUUGGCGCAGGUGCAUAGCAGCAAACGCAGUGUGUCAAUGUACUAUAUUUUUGUGUUUUUCACAUCAAACGGGACAGGACAGUGUGACAUUUCUCAAGUUAGCAACAUACCCUUUGGAACUACAUACUUAGUUUUCUUUUCCAUUGUGACAUUUCAUUAUAUAUUAUUUGUACUGCUUGGUUUCAUUGAGCUGAAAGUAGUGCGUAAUUAGUAUCCAUUUUAGUGGAAGCUCUACAAUUUUCUUUUAUGAGAGACACUGCGUUAAAGCCUAGAGGGGUCUUGUCUGGUUUCCCAGUUAAGAGAGCAUUUUCAUUGUUACACUCAUGGUGGCACAAUGGCACCUUGUAGACUUUGAGCAAGGUCAAGACAGGGAAAGCCAAAGCAUAACCUGUAUGUGUAUGUGGGUCUUCUCCAAAAGAAAUGUAUAAAGAAAUAUUUAAGGGAUUUGGAAUUGGUGGUUUACCAGCCCUAUUAUUAUUAGUAAAGGGACAUGAAAAUCUGUUGCUUUGUUUUUUA